CCUCCACUACCCGCCCCGCGCUCGGGGUCCUCGGCCUCCGCGUCGUCCUCAUCCUCCUCUGGCGCCUCCUCGGCCGUGGCUCCGGGAGACAGAGACUCGGGAGCUGCAGCGAGAUAGCAACUGGCUGCAGAGGUCGCGUCCCGCUGCCCCGAACCCGCCUGCGCGGACCAUCCUACCUGCCAUGGACGCUGCGUCCCGGCACAGCCUCCUCCGAGUGACCAGGCUCCUCCCCGCGUGGGGAUACAGCAGCCUAUUGGUGACUGAAAAUGGGUAGGAAGGUUUUGGCCCGCUGAGGGCGGAGGGAAUACGGAGCCCUUGCGUUGUGCUUGCACUGGAGUUGUAGCGAUCUGGUGCAGUUUGGCGAAACUCAAGCGGGAGGUUGUGGGAGACCUGGAGAAGUAAGCAGGCCCAGGACCUUCAUAUUUAGAGACUAGAGAAGCCAUACUCGAAGCCACCAGCUACUAGGUUGCAACCUUGAUCCCUGGGCAGGAGUGGCUCAGCUUUCAGGAAAGAGAUGGAAAACUUAGGUCCUGGGUCUGCCUGCCCACGCGGGAACUCAGAGCCCCUGGAGCACUUAGAAAAAUUAAAUCAGAUAGGGCUGGUGACUUGGAGGGAAAAACCGAGACCCAGGACGCCCACCCCCACCCCCACCCCCAAGGAGACUACGCUCCCCUUAGUGGGGCUGUAUCCUGAAGCUCAUGAGUCCUCAGCCUACAGCAGCGAUGAAGAAAGCUGCUAGGGAGGCUAGUGCGCUAGCUAAAGGCAGAGCCCUUGAUGGUUGAGAGCAGGGGAGAAAUAGGUUUGUGAGAAGUGUAGGGCCGCUUUAGGAAAGCAGCAGCUGCACAUAGUAGGUAGAUCGAAAGUUCUGUGCCUGACCAGCUUUAGCCUUUCUAGGGUUAACUCAGCCCAAUGGACAGCAGUUCUCACCAAUCAAUCACCAGGUACCUCCAACGUCCAAUCAGAUACAAGGGAUGGUUCCCACUCAGCCAAUAGGCGCCCACGUGGAAGCAGGGAGCGGGAAGGGGCGGUGUUACUACUGUAGGCGCGCAAGGGCCUUUGUUCCCAUCCUGAUUUGGCCUUCGUCACAGAUUAUCGCAAUCCAGGGAGGUUUGAAAAUCCGGGACAGGGACUAACCAGAGGUUGGGGUGGUCUCAAACGGCAAGAGGGUUUGUCCCAAUGGGGAGUGAGAGGCAGGAUGCUCUGUAUGGUCUAAGUAAUGAGAAUCAUUCUUCCCUUAGCCCAGGCCACCAGACACCGGGCUCCAUAGUUUCCCUCUUCCAAGUCUCUGCUCAAUCUGCAGGUCGUGGGUUAACUCAGCCCAAUGGGCAGCAGUUCGCAUCAGCCAAUCACCAGGUACCUCGUGACAAGCAAAGUCUUGAGAGAGGCUACAGGUGCUGCACACUAGCCAUUUUCUUGGGACACCACACAUUUCACUUUCAUCCUGUUUAUCUCCCACCCUGGUCCCAUCCUACCCUUGCUCUACAACAGUCCAUGGCUCCCUACUAGUUUUUCUUCUCCUUCCUUGCACUUGCAGUAAUCCUCCUGCUCAGCCUCCCUUCUGUUUACCUCAUAGGCCUGCAUCUCCACAGCUCCCCCGUGGCCUUUGACACUUUGAAGCAAGUUCUGCGGCUUAACAAUGUACAGAAAGCACCCUAAAGAUAACCUGGGUUAAGAUAAAGGAAGGCCGAGCAACUCCCAGCCCCUAUCUGGGUUCCCAUCUCAACCCUGUACCUGUGUAAAGUCCUGUGUAAAGCUGGGAACGGAAGAAAAUGAAUUCAUAAUCUGUUCUGCCUUUGUCUUUUGAAAAUAGCAUCUCUGGCAGACCACACUGGACUCAAGUUACAAUGUAACUAAGGCUGCUCAGUCUCUUCCUCUCAAGUUCUGGGAAAACCCAAAUGUACUACCACCCCUGGCCAAAUAUACAGUUACAUACUGAUCGAUUGUACUGGAAUUGACCUUAGAGCUUUGGACUAGCCAGGAGCCAGGUACACUACUACCACAAGCCUCUUGCCCAGACCCUCUUUAGACUCUUCUUAGUGAGGGGCUGGGGGCGUGGUCAGGGUCCAGCUUCAGCCUAGAAUUUCCCAGUGAGGAGCUUGGAGCAUGGUCAGGGAAGAACAUCAGCCCAGAAUUAUACUAGGAAGGGCUGUGUGUAACUGAUAGAGUGCUUACUUAGCAUGUGCAAAGGUCUUGGGUUGCUUCUGCAGUGACAAGGAAAAAAAAAAAAGGCAGAAAACAAAAGAAGUGAAAUGACUCGGUCUUUGCUUGGGACAGGAGCCCAGAGCUACUGGGAUUUCCGCAGGAUUCAGCCCCCGCCCAGCCCAGCCCAGCACUGCCAGGGAGGGAGUUGACAGCUGACUGAGUUGAGGAAACUCCCCAGGAACCUGUUUAUCCACUUCCUGGCCAGGCUGAGGCUCCUACUGCAAGGACAAGGACCCAGGCUGGUCAUGGCCUCAGCCCUGAGUCCACCCCGGGGACACAAGCUCAAAGGUGCUCCACCUUCGCACUACUAUGAGAGCUUCCUAGAGAAAAAGGGACCCUGUGACCAGGAUUACAGGAAGUUCUGGGCAGGCCUCCAGGGUUUAGCCAUCUGUUUCUACAACAGCAAUCGGGACUUGCAGCCCCUGGAAAAGCUGGACCUGAGGCUGUUUUCAAAGCUCAAAGAAGAGGCUGUAUUGGGACGCUCAUAUGCCACUGCCUAUCACUUCAGCCUGGUUCUCCGGGACCAGGAGGUUAAAUUCAAGGUGGAGAGCCUGGAGUCUUGCGAGAUGUGGAAAGGAUUUAUCUUGACUGUGGUAGAGCUUCGUGUCCCAUCUAAUCUGACCCUGCUGCCUGGACACCUGUACAUGAUGGCUGAGGUCCUGACCAAAGAGGAGGUACGGAGGGCAGCCGAGGUGCCCUGGUGCUUUCUGCAGGUGAGCAGGCUAGAGGCGCAGCUGCUCCUGGAGCGCUACCCAGAGUGCGGGAACCUGCUUCUGCGUCCUGGAGGGGAUGGCAAGGACAGUGUGUCUGUCACUACCCGGCAGAUACUCAAUGGGUCGCCCGUGGUCAAACACUACAAGGUGAAGCGGGAAGGUCCUAAGUAUGUGAUCGACGUGGAAGACCCGUUUUCCUGCCCCUCGCUGGAAGCUGUGGUCAACUAUUUUGUGACGCACACCAAGAGGGCGCUGGUCCCCUUCUUGUUGGAUGAGGACUAUGAGAAGGUUCUAGGCUUCGUGGACUCGGAUCAGGAGAAUGGGGAGAGUGCAUGGGCUGUGCCCUCCUCCCGAGGCUCAGGCCCUGCCCUCCCUGCUAAUGUCCCAAAGCCACUUCCACCUGUACCUGUGUCUGUGUCCAGCCAGGAAGACAAGCUGUCUCAACUACCUCCCCUGCCUCAGUUACCAGGCCAGGAUGAGAGCUAUGUGACUCCCAUUGAAGACUCCCCAGCAGCUGAAUACAUGAAUCAGGAUGUGUCUCUCUCCAGCCAGACAGUCCCCCUGAAGCCCAAGAAGCCGGCAAGGCUCCCAGCAAAACCCCCAAAGCCACCAGUUGUGCCUAAGCCAGAUCUCAAAGCCAUUACCAGCAUCUGGACCAGGAAGCUAGGUGGAAGCUCACCCCAGGCUCCCUCCCUUGUGACUAGACUUGGGGAUAUCACCGCUGAGCUGGAAGAGAAACUACAGAAGAGGAGAGCACUGGACCACUGACCCAGGCUCCCAAGGACCAGUGGGCUAUCUCUGGGUAUAAUAGUCUUCUACCAGCUCUAUCCUCACUCAGGGGAUAGGACACAGCCAACCUGGUGCAAAAUGUCCUCCCAAAAGUAAAGCAGGGAGACCCCUGGGAAUUUGGGGGCUACCCUGAACCGGAUAGUGAGUUCCACGGUGGCCUGGGCUACAGAGUGAGACCUUGUUUAAUAAAGCCAAAGCCAAAAUGCCA